GGCAACACCAAUGAGAUAAUUUGAUUUUAUUGUGGACGUUUUCCGUAUUUGCAUUUAACUUGAGCGCAAUGGCUGAUGAAAACAAUCAAAUCAAGGUAAAAAAGAAAAAAUAUCUAUCAGCAGUUGGUAAUUAAGUUAAAUAGUUACAAUUUUUCAGAAUAACAAACCAAAGGCGCCUUAUAAAAAAUGGACUGAAGCGGAGCAACAAACUUUAAUAAAUUUUCUACGCGACAAUCGUCCACUGGAAAACCAAGCUGUAAUGUUUAUUAUAGUAAGUAUUUAGCUAAAUUUAAAUUAGAGGGCAUCCAAUGGAAGGCGGUUCGUAACAAAGUGCGGAGUUUGCGGCAAGCGUACGUAAGAGCAAAGGGAACGGAAAACUCCACAGGCGCUGCAACUUUCAAGGACGGGGAAACUAUCCGAGGAAUGAUUCUACAACAAUGCCCAUUGUAUGACGAGUUAGAGGACGUUUUUGGCUAUAGAGAGUUUGCAGCGGUUGAAGGCAUCAUCGACUCGGAGGACAACAGUGCAAUAGACAGGUACUCGCCAACGUUUGAUAUAAUUGAUGACGACCUUAUUGAAGUUGUAUCGGAAGAAUUGCCCCACACCGGCAAUGACGAAGUAGAAAAUGAAGCACUAGUGCCAUCACCCUCCACUCUAGUGCAAGCGAACGCCGAGGCUAUAAACACUCCUGUAAAAAGUUUGCGGAAAGGCAUAUAUUCCAGAACGGCACUAUCCCAAGUACUUGAAGUCAAUUCUAGUUUAUUGGAGGUAAGGAAACAUCGUAAUGAAAUGGAGUUAGGCUUGAAGAAGGAGGAGCUGGCUUUAAAAGCCAAAGAAGUGUAACUGAAAGCAGAUCAAUUUAGCUUUGAAAAAGAAAAAUUUAA